AUGUACAUCCGAUCGGUUUUUACCGGUUUCCUAAGACAUUCAUCUCUGUAUUGGCUAGCUUCAUUGCCUGCUCCUCUGCGAAAUAUCAGUACUUCAACGGUCUUUCUGUCGUCUGAUCCUUCAUUCAAGCACAUUUUGCAAAGAAAUGAUCUCCCCGAAGAUGUUAAAAUGAAGAUUGAGUCCGAAGCAAAGGACAUGUUUAAGGCACAGAAUACUAAUGAUUGGAUUCCAUAUGGAUGGAACGACUAUGAUAAAAUAGAUGAUACGUCCAAGUACAAAACCGCCGCAUUCCUGCUAAUGGUGUGCUUCACAUUCGGACUGGCUUUUCAAUUUUGGUAUCGUCCCCGUGGCAUUGAAGGAGAUUGGGCCAGGCGUGAAGCUUUUCUCGAACUAGAAAGGCGUCGCAAACUUGGUCUUCCGUUGGUCGAUCCUAACCUUAUUCCUCCUGAACGUGUUAAGUUGCCUCCCAAAGAACAACUUGGACCUGAUUUCAAAAUUAUCCUUUGA